AUGGAAAGGCCGAUCGAAGAUGAAAAGCCAUCGUCAUCUGGUACAGAUGGAGACGGCCCGGGCGGCUCCACCAACCUCAAGGAUGUAAAUGAGCCUCUGGAUGAAGUCUCACGAUGGAAAGAUGGAGAGAAGAACUACGAGAAUGGCCAGGAGAGCGACUGGUGGUUUGCCUCUAUAGGUGUACCCCUUCUUGCAGCUACACUUGGCCCGCUCGCAAACGUUCUGUCGAUAGGCGCGCUCGUAACGUACUGGCGCAUGACCGUUGUCGAUGGAGACGGGAAUGCCUUGGCGGAGCUCGAUGGCAUCCCUUUUCCUGACCCUCGCUGGUGCUACUGGUUGAAUGUGGUGUCACUCAUACUUGGCUUUAUCGGAAACUUCUUUUUGCUGAUGAAUUUCACCCAACGGAUCCGCUAUAUCAUUGCUCUUCCUGCGACCAUUAUUCUCUGGUAUAUUGCUACCGGUAUUCUAAUUGGUAUCCUGGCAUGUAUGAACAUAUAUGUUCCCCCUGAUCGAGCCAACGGGCAGACCUACACUCAAGGUUUCUGGUAUGGUAUGGCCGCCGCUGCUAUGUAUCUGGUGUCUUCAAUGCUGCUCAUGGUCAAUAUGCUGGGGUACUUCCUCGGGAAAUAUCCCCAGAAAUUCGAUCUUACUGAUCAUCAGCGCACACUAAUCUUGCAAACCAUGCUCUUCUUUAUUUGGCUCGCUGGGGGUGGAGCUGUCUUUGCUCGUAUUGAGACAGAUGCUGGAAAUGAUGGAUGGGGAUUCACUGAUGCCAUGUACUUCUGCGACGUGACUAUUCUUACCGUGGGUUUUGGAGAUCUAGCUCCCGCAUCAGAUCUAGGACGGGGCUUAGUGUUCCCUUACUCAGUCGGCGGGAUAAUCAUGCUGGGUCUCGUCAUCAAUAGUAUCCAUAGAUUCGUACAGGAACUUGGUGCAGAUAAGAUCGUCAAAGGCCAUUUCGAGAAGACCCGACUCCGGACAUGGGAUCGCACUGUCACGACCUCGCGUGAACUGCAACGACGUGAGGGACAGCUUUCAGCCCAAAUUGAUGUCCGUCGGACUAUUUCAGCGCCUUUCAAUGCCGUAAACCAGUCUUUGUCGCGUAAGAUCUCGAGCAAGCCACGAACUCCAAUGGGUGCUGUAGUGCACGAUAAAAAGUCUUUUUCGAUCGCUCCUACCAUCAGAAGACGGAAGCCGAAGUUACUUCUGUUGCGAGAAGAGAAAGAUCGCUUUGAUGCUAUGCGCAGCAUUCAGAAGUCUACCGCGACAUAUAAGAAAUGGUGGCGCCUGUGUGUUAGCAUUAUAGCAUUUGGGAUCUUGUGGGCUGUUGGCGCAGUAGUCUUUUGGCAGGCCGAGCAAGAUACCCAGGGGCUGACAUACUUUCAGUCUCUCUACUUUUGCUACGUGUCCCUCCUGACCAUCGGGUAUGGUGAUCUCUCACCUAGAUCGAAUGCAGGUCGAUGCUUCUUCGUUGUGUGGUCGCUUAUCGCUGUACCCACUAUGACCAUUCUGAUUUCCGAUAUGGGUGAUACUAUCAUCUCGAACUUCAAGAGAGGAACUUUCAAAGUUGCCGACUUCACCGUACUGCCAAAGGCUGGCAUAUGGCGAACUUUUCUGGACAAUUUCCCCACACUGUUUAAUUACCUACAGAGGAAAGCAGAGGAUCGUGCCCGAAAGAAGCGCAUAAAGCAAGGAAUGCUAGGCCCACCGGAUGAGGAUCUCGAAGACCCAGAAACAACACCAAAUCUCGAGACCCUCGCUGCCGAAGCUGAGCACGAUGACACCGGAGAAGCGGACGAAUCUGAACUCGCCCAUCGCCUUGCACGAGCCAUUCGCCGCACGGCCAACGACCUCAAAGAUGACAAACCCAAACGCUACAGCUAUGAGGAGUGGGCAGAGUUCACAAGACUAAUUAGAUUUACCACCGAGAAGAAUCAAGACGCCCGUGAACAAGACGACGAAGGCCUCGUCGACUGGGACUGGAUUGGAGAGGAUAGUCCCAUGAUGGCAAAGCAGAGUGAACCCGAGUUCGUUCUCGAUCGACUCUGUGAAAGUCUAUCGCGGUAUGCAAAACGAGGUCAUGUAAGGCCCGCGCAACUCUCUGCGAUAAACCUCGAUAAUGUCCCUCUUGAGGUAGAAGAGAGUGGAGACAGACAGGAUGGAAGCAACGAUUGA